AUGCACCGUCCAUCGAAGUAUGCCGUGCAGGUCUUCUUAUCCACCUGCUUCGCCUCGCUCGCGGCCGGGUUAUUUGGCUUCGACACGGGCAGCAUCGGUGCUAUCACAGAGAUGUCGACGUUUGAGGACGAAUUCGGAGUCCUCUCGCCCUUCAUACGAGGAUUGACAGUCUCGAUCAUCCUCUUGCCGUCCGCCUUGUCAGGCAUGCUCGCGGGAAACGUCUCGGACAAAAUCAGCCGGAAGAAGAGCAUCUCGCUCGGUGCAGCCAUCUUCGCCGCCGGCUCCGCACUCAGCGCUGGCGCGAAAGGCUCGCUCGUCAUGCUCAUCGUCGCAAGAUGUAUCGCGGGAACGGGCGAAGGCUUGUUCCUCGGCUGCCUCGGCGUGUACCUCACCGAGAUCUCGCCCCGACACAUGCGGUCCCACAUGCUCCUCAUCAACCAGCUUAUGACGAGCGGCGCCAUCGCAGCAGGCUUCUUCAUCUGCUACGGCUCGGCCAACAUCACCAACUCGAUGGGCUGGCGCUUCCCCUUCAUCCUCCAGACCAUCACCGCGACCAUCCUGGCGGUUGGCGCGCCGUUCCUUCCGUACUCGGCACGGUGGCUCAUCUCGCAAGGUCGUCGAGACGAAGCUCUCGCCGUCCUCGACCGGCUCGUCGACCCGAAGGACAUCGAAGAACGCCGCGAGCUGCUCGCCAUCCCGCCAGCAGCCGUACGGAACCGUUCGCAAAUCGCCGCGCUCAAGGACAUCUGGGCGCCUGGAGUUCGAGGACGAACCACGCUUGGCGCUAUCCUCCAGGUCUUCCAGCAGCUCAGCGGUAUCGACUUUGUCCUCUUCUACGCCCCGCUCCUCUUCCAGCAAGCCGGUCUCGAUCCGAGCACCAGCUCCUUCAUCGCUUCCGGCUGCACCGGUCUCGUCCUCGUCGCCUGCGUCUUCGCCGGCACAUUCUACAUCGAGAAAGUUGGCCGACGGAAGAUUUGGAUGGUCGGCGGAACGGGCACGUCCGUCUGCCUCUUCACCCUAGGCUUCUUGUACGCGACGGGAGCGGCGCAUACCCCGGUUGGCAAGUAUGCGGCGAUCAUCUUCAUCGAGCUCUUUGCUGUUUGCUUCACGAGCAGCUGGAGCUUGAUCACAAAGCUCUACGCCGCCGAGAUUCAGCCUAUGCGCACUCGCGCUGCCGCGACGUCGACUGGCCAAGCUGUCAACCAGGCAGUAAACUUCGUCGUCGCCAUCUCGGGCCCCGCUUUCCUCGCUCGAUCCAGCUCCGGUCCUUACUUCUUCUACGGCGGCUGCACCGCGCUCGGCGUCAUCUUCGCCAUGUUCUUCAUGCACGAAGUGCGCGGCAAGUCGCUCGAGUCGAUCGACACGACCUUCGAAGGCUCCGCGCUCGCGACAUCCUGGCCUAAGGUCUUCCAGGCUGCUCGCCUCACCGAAGCGAGGUUGCGCAAGAACAGCAGGUCGCAGUCGACGAAUUUGCCGGGCGAGACCAGGGCGGAGAUCAGGGAGCACAUACAGAUGGAGACGAUUGGGGAGAACUCGGUGUUCGAGGAGGAAGAGUAG